UACAGUUAUGAAACAAGUCUUGAUAUCCACGAAUGAGGCAAUACAUAUAUAAAUGAAUUUCAUAAUUAAAUGUAUAGGGUUAAAAAAUUUUAAACAUACAUUUUUCUAAUGAAUACUUUUUACUUCAUGGGACUUUUAUUUAUUCAUAAUAUUUAUUUAUAAUUCAUAAUGGACUUGGCUAUGCAUGUAUUAGGGUCACGAUAUCAACUUCUUUCCUCCUUUUUUCACACAGCCUUUUUUUUAAAAAAUAAUAAAAAUAAAAAACAAGAUUCUUUGGGUUUCUGCAAUUCAGGUCCUAAAAAGCGAUUUAAACACAAGUGAUAGCUGUAUCUCGAGACUGGAAGGUGAUCUACAUAAAAUGUUUGAAUUAGCCUCAAAAAGUACAGAAAAGAUUGCACUUAUGCGUGAUUCAUGUGUAAUAAUUUGUCCCUGAGUGAUGCACUUUUCCAAGACGAUCUUUAUUGUAACGGGGAUCUGAUUGGCUCAAAGGACUGUUGCCCCUCCCUGCCACCGCCAGAGGGCGUCAACACACCAGAUUUGGGCCACAAGUUUGUCUUUUCAGUCACAGAUAACAGUUUACUUGACUCAAUAGACUCCUUGUUGUGCUUUUAUGAAUUAAGUAGCUAAAUGUAUAACACCGUGAAGAUAAUUUCGAGCACAAUUAAAUAAAAAAUUUAAAUACUAAUUUAUGCACUAACUUUGCUCAUAAACAAUGUGUAAAUAAAACCAAACUGUGAGCAGUGACCUCUGUAUGAAAGGUCAUUUCUGGCAAAUUGCUGUCUGCAGGGCAUAUGUUACCUACAGUCUUAUUUAGAGUUGAGACUGUGGGUUCCACUGAUGCAUUUAGGACAUGACCUAUGUCUAAUUAGUCAGUUGAGUUUGACUGACAGAAAAUUAAUGGACAAUUAUAAUAAGCAAGAAACAGUUUAGUUGUUUAAUUAGAUGGACAUGCACAGUGAUUGCUCAUUUAAGCUUCUAAAAUUGGUUUAUUUGCUAUUCUCUGUUUUAAGUUAUUAGUGUAAUAAUAUUAUCAUUUUAUUGAAUAUCUUUGAGUUUGGAACACUUACAUCAAGUAGUUAUUUCAUAAUUUAUAAGUACAAAUUAUUUAUGUAUACUGCCACAAUGUACAUAAAAUAUCAUGUCUUCACUAUGCAGAAUGACAAACAAAGCAGACAAAUAAUGAACCACAAUGUACAUUAUUAUUAAUUGCAGUCCCAGAUUUAACACCAUAAUCAGCUGUCAUCUGUUUGUCGACGUGCCCCACAUUCAUGUUUCCAGCAGCAUACACACUCCCAAGCUUCCAAGGUUUUCAGUUUAUGUAGAAGACUUUAGUUCAGCAAGCUAAAUGAUGUAAAACAGUCAUUGUUUAUACACCAUUAAAGUCCAGAUACCUGACUUAAAUGUAUGCUUUUUGUCUGCAGAGUAUUUGGUAUGCAGAGAGACAGUGAGGGUGAAAAAAACCAUCGUCCAUACAUGUGACCCAUGUGUGUGCAUGUGAGCAAACAGUACAGAUUGCAGCCAGACACUGCCAUAAACCAUUAAAUGAAUGGACCAGGUGUGUGUUUAUGUGUGUGCAGGCGGCUGGAAUGGAUUACCAGCUAUAAUGCAACUCAAUCUGAGAGACUGCUGAUGAAAGGAGAAUGCUACUGGUCAUGCUGGAUUGUUCUCGGCUGCAGGCGUUACAUAAUAUUUGUAGGUGGUGGGAAGAUACUGAUGAUCGUGGAACAUGUGGUGAGAACAUCCCACAGCUCAGCCCCUUCCAGAAACGUGCAGCUUCUGGAGCAUGACUCAUUGUUGUCCUUCAGGAAACAUGUGCAUCUGUCUCUGCUGUUAUGUUUCUGUUCAGAAAAUAAGUCAUAAUAAAUAUACAGGCAACUAUUGUGCCUUCAAAUUCCUGUCAGUCAGUCAGUCAUUCAUGAAUGUAUUAUUUGAUAUACAGUGCAAAAAAUGUGUGUGUACAAGUGAUAAGGACUUCACAGUUUGUUAGCUGAUAGCGUCAUAAUCUGAUCAGAGUUUGAAGCGUAUAAAAGGGCAGCUCAUCACUGAACAGCGGCCCAGACCUCUACGAUACAACCAACAAAGACACACAGCAGCGCAGGCGUUUGAACAACAGAAGCAUGAAUUUUGAUGUAGCCAAACCUGAAGCAAAGACUGGCACCAAAGCUCCCCUCAGAGCAGUUGGUCCUGACAAGGGACCACCCAGGUUCAAGCAGAGAAACACCCGGCAGUUCAAGAGCAAGCCCCCCAAAAGAGGAGUCAUUGGCUUCGGAGAGGAGAUCCCUGGAAUGGAAGGCCUAGGCACUGACAUCACCGUGAUCUGCCCAUGGGAAGCGUACAGUCAUCUAGAGCUACAUGAACUAGCUCAAUAUGGAAUUAUCUGAGUCUAUUCACUGUGAAUUUUUUUUUAAUUUACCAAAGAGAACUAAUGUGACAAGUUCAGCCACUGGAAUUUCAGUAACUAAUUUCACACUCUAGAUCAUCAAUAGUGACUUUUUUUUUUAAAUUGCAACCCUCCUAAUUAAAAUGUAAUGUGUAAUUUCUGUCAUGUAUGCCUGCGUAUUGAGAAUGCUGUUCUUUGAGACAUUUUUUUUUUUACAGUAAAACUAUUUUCACAAGAUUCUCAAGCUGCCAUUUUUAUGUCCGGAAGCCACUGAUGCUGGAUGAGUUACUGCCUGAGGCUACAGUGGGAGCUGGAACUGAAAGCUCGGUUACUGGCCUGCAGGAGUUUCUGCACAGUUGUCAGCACUGUAUUCAUUAUAUUUAAAGUUGGAAUAAAGCUUUCAAUUUUAAAGCA